AUGGCCAGCGCAGAGCAGAUCGCGGCUCAAAUCCAAAAUAAAAAGUCCCUCGCCGUCUCGUCGACCUGGCUGAACAACUUUUUGUCGACCUCCGGCUCCGCCCAGCGCAAUAUCCCCGCCUCCGCGAUCAUCAAUACAGCUAUAUUCCGCGUCCUCGCGUCCGAUUUUAGGGAAUCUCUGUCGACAACCCCGGCUUCCCUAUUGCCAGUUGAUAUCCAUGACCCGAAUGUACAGGAAAGACGUCUAGUAGGGCCAAUUCCAGUCCAGGUUCUUGACAUCGAGGAUAUCGGGACUAGUCUAUGGAGCCAGGUCGAGGCAAUUGAGCGGGUCGAACGGGGUGAAGCGGUUCGUGGCCGAGAAAUCGUACGGACGGUUAAUGUGGGUGAUGACAACGAGGGAGAAAAUGGCCAGUCCAGUAGCAACUUUGCUGGAAACACAUCGGGAAGCCGAGGCGCUGGACCACAUCGAUUGAUCCUACAAGAUGCGGCCGGCACCAAAACUGUGGGUAUUGAGAUGCAGGCUAUUGAGGACCUUUCGAUCGAGAAGGUCCCGAUCGGCGGGAAAAUCCUCUUGCACAAUGCGACUGUUGCGCGGGGUAUGGUUUUGCUCGAUCCACAAUGUGUUUCUCUGCUCGGUGGGAAAAUCGACGCCUUAAAUGGGCCGUGGAAGGAAAAUAGGAAAGCGUGGUUGCUGCAGAGAGUCUCCCAAGUACAAAACGAGUGA